UGCACACGGUCCACGCAAGGUCGUUCGCGGUUCCUACUUGUAAGGACGGUCACUCCGUCUGCUCGAGUUAUUCCUACAUCUCUUACUAAACGUUGAGAAUGGCGAGAGGAAGUCGCAGUCGUCCGUCUGCCUCAGCAAGUGCCCCCGCCCACUCCUUUGCGCCGGCCUCUGUGGCUCCUCCCCCGUCAGCCCUGGCUCCACAGCAGCCCAAGCAGCCAGGCCUCAUGGCCCAGAUGGCGACUACCGCGGCCGGGGUGGCGGUCGGCUCUGCCGUGGGUCAUGUGAUGGGCAGCGCCCUCACCGGAGCCUUCAGCGGUGGCGGCAGCUCAGAAGCAGCCAAACCAGCCCCCACGUAUCAGUCUCAGGAUCCACCCCCCAGCACCCCGCCCCAGGCUGGCCCGUGUCUGCUGGAGGUGAGGCAGUUCUUGGACUGUGCUACCACUCAGACUGACCUCAGCUUGUGUGAGGGCUUCAGCGAAGUGCUGAAACAGUGCAAGUUCUCGCACGGUGUUUCAUCUCUGGUGUGAUGGAGAAAAUCACCAGCUGCUGGAGCUCACCUGGUGGAGCAGCGCGGUGCUGGCAACCCCAGGGUCAUGUGUUUAAUUCAGUUAGCGCACAAACACACACACGGUCCACUGCUAAAUAUGUAAGUCACUCUGGCUAAAUGCUUUAAAAAAUCAAAGCAGCAUAUUGAACAGAAAUGUCAAACUUCCGAAAAUACUUUCACCACUUACUGGAAUUAUAGUUUGUCUUGAUAAUGGGAAUAUUUACUUUUGGGUGUGUGAGGUGAGAUGUGUAAAAAAAAUAAAAAUAAAGAUGCUAUUUAAUUUUA